UUCAAUAAAUUAUCUUGUGUGAUGCGUAUUGUUUUGAUGGAUAGUAUCUGUGUUUUGUGUUUUUUAUUUUAAGCGUUAUUGUCAGCAUCUAUUUCAUACUCUGACUUUAUUAUUUGAAUUUUCGGUGUUCUAUUAUAUCAUUGAAGUAGACAUCGAUAAGAGUUGGAUUUCUAAGCCACGAAUUGGUACAGAGUAUAGGGACGGUUUAAACAGAUUCUUAGAUUUCGCAUUUGCCAAUGCAUCAUCCGAUGGGAUGAUACAUUGUCCAUGUUUGAAAUGCGGUUUUCGCCUUCUCCAAACUAGGGAGGAUGUGUAUGAUCAUUUGAUAAUAAAACCUUUCCCAUCUACUUAUACAUUUUGGGUACAUCACGGGGAGAGACGCGUGGCAGAGAGCUCUAUGGAAGAACAGGUAGUAGAACCCGAUAGAAACCUCAAAGAUCCAAUGCUUGACAUGGUUCAGGAGGCGUUCAACUUCCCGGGACUGCAUGGCGACGAAGACGAUUCAGUGAAUGAACCCGCUGGCGGGGAUUGGGAGGAGUUGCCAUACUUAUCAAAUGAAAGUAGUAGAGAGGUCCGUAACUUGCAUGAACUGCUCGAAGAUGGAGCGCAGGAGCUAUACCCGGGAUGUACAAGGUUCUCUAAGCUAUCUUUUUUGGUGAGGCUCUAUCAUAUAAAAUCCAUGUGCGGAGUGAGUGACAAGGCCUUCGGAAUGAUACUGGAGUUGCUGGCGGAUGCCUUUGAGAAUGCAAGGAUUCCAAGCACUAUGCACGAUGCCAAGAGGAUCAUAAGGAAGCUCGGUAUCGCAUACAAAAAGAUAGAUGCAUGUCCAAAUGACUGCAUGUUAUACCAGGGCAGCGAUGAAGAGUUGUCUAAAUGCAAGCGAUGUGGGGCAUCAAGAUGGAAGCAAAAGACUAAUAAGAACUCCAGAGUAAGGAUCAACAGGGUCGUUAAGAAGAACGGAAAACUGCAAGCGGCGAAGACUCUUCGCUACUUCCCCCUUAUCCCACGAUUGCAGCGGCUCUACAUGUCUAGUAAGACAGCCGCAGACAUGUUGUGGCAUAAGAGUGGGCAUAGCUCUGACGGUAUUUACCGGCAUCCACGGGACGGCGACGCAUGGAAGGCAUUUGACAGGACUUAUUAUGACUUCUCCAGCGAUCCACGCAGUGUUCGCCUAGCCUUGGCUAGCGAUGGCUUUAACCCUUAUGGAAACAUGAGCUCGAAGUACUCAAUUUGGCCAGUGGUUCUUAUUCCGUACAACCUGCCCCCUUGGAUUUGCAUGAAACCCACCUCAUUUGUCCUCUCCAUGAUUAUUCCUGGGCCUAAAAUGCCUGGAAAUGAUAUAGAUGUCUACUUACAGCCCUUGAUCGAAGAGUUGAAGCUGUUGUGGGUUGGUGUUGAAACGUACGAUGCUUACACGAAAAAGACUUUCAGGAUGUAUGCUGCAUUAAUGUGGACAAUCAGUGAUUUUCCUGGUUUAGGCAACUUGUCCGGGUGGAACACGUACGGUGGGAAAGCUUGUCCUGCAUGCAAUUUGGAUGCUGAGACUAACCGUCUCUCACACAGUCAGAAAUGGUGUUACAUGGGCCAUCGUCGCUUUCUGAAUCCUUCCCACAGAUAUAGAAAGGACCGGGAUAGAUUUGAUGGAAGGAUAGAGUCUAGAGGUCCACCUGUCAAACUCUCAGGUGGAGACAUUGCAAGACAACUACAGGACGUGCAUGUCCACCUUGGCAAGGUGCAAUCGGUUACUGGGAAAAGGAUACGCGGACAGCAAACCGCCGUACAUGACGAAUCCCCUUGGAAGAAGAGGAGUAUAUUCUUUGAGCUACCAUACUGGGAAAACAAUGGAUUGCGUCAUAAUCUUGAUGUGAUGCACAUAGAGAAGAAUGUGUGCGACAACAUAGUUUUUACCAUAAUGAACGAGAAAGGUAAAUCUAAAGACCACCUUAAGGCAAGAAAAGACCUCCAAUUGAUGGGAAUCAAGCAUGAUCUGUGGCCACGGGAAGAUGGAAAGUACCCACCCGCCAUCUUUACUAUGACCAAUCCACAGAAGGAUGUCUUUUUACGUACUAUCAAGAAUGUGGUCUUUCCAGAUGGCUACUCUAGCAACAUUUCCCGCUGUGUUGACCUACGACAGCGCAAGAUGUCGGGCUUGAAAAGUCACGACUGUCACAUUCUGAUGGAGCAUCUCCUGCCAAUUGCGUUAAGGAAUGCUUUGCCUGCCCCAGUGUCAUCUGUCUUGGCGGAUUUCUCGUCCUUUUUCCGCAGAAUAUGCAGUAAAUCCAUUGACCCUCAACAACUUCCUCUGCUUCAGGAUCAUGUGGUCCAUACUCUUUGCCGCAUGGAGAUGAUUUUCCCCCCAUCUUUCUUCACCGUCAUGGUGCACUUGACGGUACAUCUGGUCGAGGAAGUGCGACUCGGUGGCCCAGUUCAAUAUCGGUGGAUGUACCCAAUCGAAAGGUACUUAUGUCGUCUCAAGCAGUUCGUGCGUAAUAGGUCACAACCGGAGGGCUCUAUCGCAGAGGGAUACUUAUCAGAGGAGAUUCUCGUGUUCUGCUCAAGAUACCUCGAUAAUGUCGAGAGUAGGAUCAAUCGACCAAUGCGUGUUGACGAUCGACCGUGUGAACCUGACCAGUGUGAAAGUGCAGCCAUGUUCCCGGGGGUAGGAAAGGCUGUUGGAGCUGCUUCGUUUUAUAAUCUCACACCAACUGAGAAAUUUCAAGCUCAUCGUCACGUCUUGGUCAAUUCUCCGGCUGUGGAAAAGUACAUAGAUGAUUUUAGGGCCAUCAAAAAGAGGCAGUUGCGAAGCAGGACAAGGUCCCAGUCUCACAUAGACAGCGUUGUGCACAGAGAAUUUUCCGAGUGGUUCAAGCGUGAGGUUCCCUUGGGAAGCAUCAGGCAUUCGAGUGAACUGCAAUGGCUUGCAUGUGGCCCCAAUGUUCAAGCUAGCCGCUUUACAGCUUAUAAUGUAAAUGGAUUUAGGUUUAGAACCCUGUCAAGAGAAGAAGGGCUGAAAACUCAGAAUAGCGGGGUUCACGUCACAUCCGACACUAGAAGUUAUGCAAGCAAGCGUGACAGUAAUGUUGCGGUUGGUGGUGUCUCGUAUUAUGGGAAACUAGUGGACAUUAUUGAGCUGAAUUACAGUGGUCAAUUCACAAUCGUAUUGUUUAGAUGUAUUUGGGCAAACACCACAUCUGGUAGAGGCAUAAAACAAGAUGUUUUGGGCCACACACUUGUCAAUUUCUCUAAUCCGAUACAUGUUGGUGAAAGAGAGGAUGAUGAACCGUACAUUCUUGCGUCAGAGGCUCGCCUUGUAUACUAUGUGGAAGAUGAGGUUGAUAAGGAAUGGAGCGUAGUAGUUCUUGUAAAGCCAAGAGAUUUAUUUGACAUGGGUGAUAUAUAUGAACACUGUGAGGUGGAACUUUUCCCCCAACCGAGUUUAAAUGAGUGCGCUGAGUGUGAGGUGGAAGGAUUGUCACUAAUAAGGGAGGGCGAUUUAGAAGAACCCACCAAUGAUGCCUUUGAUACUCACGAAGAGGCUAUUGAGUCUUAG